AUGACCGUUCCCUUCACCUACCACGCGAAGGCGCAAUCCACCUUUAAGCCUCCCCUUAUCGCCAAUGAGAAUGCCUUCCUGGGGGACGUGCAGUCGAGCGAGAACGAGAAUCCAGACAAGCCCAUGUCUUGUGGGUUCUACCGUCUGGAAAAGGGCACGCCUCUGGUCUACACCUACACCUACGACGAGAUGAAGAUUAUUGUCGAGGGCCAGUUUGAGAUCUCCGAUGAGACUGGACAGAAGGUGACGGCCACCCCGGGGGAUGUGUUCUAUUUCCCCAAGGGAGCCACCAUCACAUUCACGACGGAAGACUAUGGAUUGGCAUUUUAUGUGGGUACCCCUACCCUGCGGUUCAGCUCGACGCUAACGACAAUAGACGGGACAACGGAAGCAGGGAGCGGCCUGAAGCUGAAGCUGGAUCCUUUCUUAUAG